AGUGACUUACUUUAUCUCCCAGUUGUAAGUUACGUUUUGUUCAUGUUACAGGGUUAUGAAUAUUCAAGAAGUGGAAAUCCAACUAGACAAUGUCUGGAGGAAUGUCUUGCUGCACUCGAAGAUGCCAAAUAUGGAAUGGUGUUUGCAUCUGGUCUAGCUACAACUACAGCAAUAACAUUUCUACUGAAACAAGGAGACCACCUGAUCAGCAUGGAUGAUUUAUAUGGAGGUACCAACAGGCUCUUCCGCCAGUGUACAACCAGGAUGGGUGUAGAAGAAUCUCUUGUAGACUGUACCAAUGUACAAAAUGUUGCUGAUGCUAUCAAACCAAAUACCAGGAUGGUAUGGAUUGAGACUCCCACCAAUCCUACAAUGCGAUUGGUUGAUAUUGAAGCAGUAUGUAAGGUUGUCAAGGAGAAAGCUUCAAAAGAAUGUUUUGUUGUUGUUGACAAUACCUUCAUGUCAUCCUACUUUCAGAGACCACUCAUGUAUGGUGCAGAUAUUGUAAUGCAUUCCUUGACCAAGUACAUGAAUGGUCAUUCUGAUGUUGUAAUGGGAGCUGCAUGUACUAACAGCGAUGAGCUGGCUGAGAGACUCAAAUUUCUACAGAAUGCUACUGGACCAGUACCCUCUCCGUUUGACAGUUUCUUGGUGAAUCGUGGGUUGAAGACUUUACAUGUUCGUAUGAGGGAACAUAUGAAGAAUGGACUCGCUGUGGCGCAUUUCCUCGAGAAAGACCCACGUGUUGAGUCAGUCAUACAUCCAGGUCUUCCAUCUCAUCCCCAGCACGAGUUGGCAAAGCGCCAAAUGAGAGGUUACAGCGGGAUGGUGUCCUUUUAUAUCAAAGGAGGUCUAAAAGAGGCAGAAACAUUCCUGAAAAGUCUGAAGGUGUUCACAUUAGCAGAAUCUCUUGGUGGCUUUGAAAGUUUAGCUGAGUUACCAUCUGUGAUGACCCAUGCUUCAGUGCCGGCCCAUGAGCGUGAAAAACUGAAAAUCACCGACAAUCUGAUCCGUUUAUCUGUCGGUAUAGAAGAUGAGGAGGAUCUUCUACAGGAUCUGGACCAAGCUCUUGCGGCUGCUACUAAAUAAAUCACUUUAUCUGAAAGCAUAAAGCUGAUCCACACAGUUUUCUCAAAAUCAAAGAAAAUCUCACAUAAUUUCACAUAAAUUAUAAUCAUAUGCUGGCAAUAAUAUUCUAGGACCUGUUACAGGAAUAUUUAAAAUUGUGUGUUUAAAUUUGUGUAUCUUCACAACUGGAAAAAUACCAUAUGGGUGAGCAUAUACAUUAAAACUCUAUUCUUACAGUGAUUAUUGAUUUACUGAUUUCACCAAUGAUGCAAAUUGUUUUGUGUAAAGAUUACAACACAAUUGCAUAUACAUGUAUUUUGUAUUUUUCUGAUAAUUUGUUAAAUUCUAUUUAUAAAUAGUUACUUUUUUCUUUGGGUCGAGUAUUUUUUUUUUAUGUUUCUCAGGCAAAAUGUGCUCAAUUUUACAUGUACUCACUAUUGACCUUAUUACUCCUGUAAAGGGAAGUAAUAUAAUAAUAUUUAGCCAAGAUCUGUUAAAACAAUUUAUUAUUGUAUAAUUAUAAUCUGAUUUCUCCAGUGUCUUUAAGUUUGUAUUUUCCUAGUUUUGUUUUAAGUAUACUCCUGAAACACCCCAUGUAUUCCUAGAAUAUCAUUAUAGAAAGCUAAUAGAAAUCAACAAAAGCAACAUAUACUGACCAGCCCUUCAUAUUAAAAUACCUGUUAACCAUACAUGCCAUAUCGUCCCAGACUUCCGGGGACUGUCCCGGAAAUCAGGUGACAGUCCCAAAGGCUUCCAAAACAUGAUUUUUGUCCCGAUCUGAAAUAGUCUCCUUUGCUGUGAGAAAUAUAAUGUUUUUAUGCAAUCUUAUUGUCAGGUUCAUUAUUCUGUCUGUAACAAUUAACAAAUACACAUUUAGUACAUGUAAAAGCCCCAACCUUUUUAGACCAAAAGAGUAAAGUUUUAGUCACUUGUUAAUACUUACUGUUACUUAGUUAUUAUUAAUUAGUAGAUCUUGAUGUACUUUCCACUAAGCACUAGGUUAACAUUCUAUAUUUAUGAUAUGUACUGAUUGAAAUAAAGAAAGGUGAACAUUUUAUUCAAGACAGAAUGAUGUAUAUUGAUAAUGAUAAUAAAUGAUUUUCAUGAUGUAUUAUCAUCUCUGUUAGAUGAUCUAACUUAUCACUGCAAUAUGUUAAAAAUUUUCCCUUUUUUUUCCCUAGUUUCCUUAGAACUUCUCCCAAGUUUCAACAUUUUUUUUCCCUGCUGGAGAGUAUGGUGAUAAUAUUUAUAUAUGUUGUUUUUUUUGUUAUAAUCAGCAUUUUAUAAUCAGUAUUUGCAGCUUUAAAGUGAUAAAUUUUAUUAUAUUGUUAGCCUUUAUUAACAGCGAUGCAAUUAUGGUAUUACAUGUAAUUAGGAGUAAUAUUUUCAAAUUUUGUUUGUUGUUUUUAUUUUAGAAAUUUUUGAAAGAAGUAACCAAAAUACUGUCAGAUUUUGUAAUUUUAUAUAUACAUUGUUUUAAUACAUAGUAUUAAAUUAAGUUACAAUUUAUAUAAAUUUAUAUUCAUCAUGGUUUAUUUGACUAAAGUGUUACAAUAUUCCGGUAAGCUUAAAAGUGCUAUAUUUAUUCUGUUGUGUAAAAGCUACACACAUGUAGAUAUCGUAAGUAAAGUAUUUUACUAUUCUAGAUUGCUACUUAGUGUAAUUGCUAUUGUCAGUUAUUUUGAAACAUUGGUACUGGUAAUUUAGGUAUAUACAUUGUAUGCUAUCUUCAAUAAUGUUACUUUUUAUAUGACAAAAUGAUUACUAUUUAAUUCACUUUCUUAAUUUUCUUUAAAUUAAUCUUAAAUAUACAGGUGAGCUGCUUUAAUUAAUAUUUUUGUUUAUAUAUUUGCAUUAUGUGAAAAGGAAAUAGGAUCAGAGUUCUAUUUUUAAUUAGAAGAUUCACUGAUAAUAAUAUUGAUCUGAAAUCCAAAAUUGUACUCAUUUCAUAUUUUUCCCCAAGAAACAAAGAAAACUGCUAUUUUUUCCUAUAUUAGGAAACACAGACACAAAAAUAUAAUUAAGUUUUGUUGUUAUUGUUGUUUUUGUAAUUGUAUACAAUACCAUUGACUGGAGAAGAAGUUCUUGUCCCGAAAAAUAUUGAUAACAAAUUUUCUUGUCUCACAAGUUACAUUCAGAUAAUGUUGAUGACACAAAACAUGACUAGUCAAUGUAAUAAUAAACUAUCACAGAUGCAUA